AUGUCAGAUGUUCGUGCGCUCCUCAAAGCAAGGCGACAAGAAGCACGCAUCACCCAUCCACUCGCGUCCUACAACCAAUCUGGCCAGCUAAGAUGCAGUGCUUGUGGUACCAUCGUGAAACACGCCUCUGCAUGGGAAGGACACCUCGGAAGUAAAAUACAUCGCACCACAGUGGCACAAAUGAAGGAGAGAGAACGUCAGAAGGAAGAGCAGAGACUUAGGGAAGAGCAGGAGGAAAGAGAAAAGGCCGCACUUGGGAAACGUAGGGUGGAAGAGGAAAUAGAAGUCGAACCUGAAGAUCACUCAGAGCCCGAUACCAAGAAACGGAAGAUAUCAGUAGGAUUUCCAGCUGACUUUUUUUCUGAUCCUGCACAAGCACCAAUACUCUCUCCGAACGAUGACGAUGAAGAAGAGGGCGAGUCGCGCAUUCAGCCUACACAACAACAACCUUCACCAGUCUCUGACCAACCGAAGUCAGACUUGGACCUCGAGUGGGAACGGUUUCAACGAGAGGUUGUGAAUACAGCUGAUUAUCGCGAGACAUACGAAAAUGCUACAGUGAUGGCUGAGCCUGUCAUGAACGAAGUUAUGGAAGGGAUGCCCACGGUGGAAACAGUGCCAGAGCAACAAGAAGAAGUCAAUGAGGAAGAGCUAAGAAGACGAAAGGAACAAGAGGAACGUGAGCUAAUCAUGGACCGUUUAUUAGAUGAAGAGAGAGCGCAGGAAGAGGCAGAUAUGAAGGUCGUGGUCAUGAGAAAUAAGCUUGAGGCUCUCAAAAAGAAGAGACUGGCGGCCAAAGGCGCAAAAUCAUGA